AGUGUAUUAUCGCUAGUUUUAAAAUAUGAAAACGGCUGGCAUUAGACUGGCCCAUACAACCAACACAACGUCAACAUUACAGCUGCUAGCUGAUGCAUCUCGACUCCUCUGAUGACUUUUUAUCUUCGAAAUAGAAGAAUGUUCACAAAGUGCUCAAGAUGAGGAUGUCGCGUACAUUCCGGUGGUUUCUGACCCGUUUUCUCCUAUGCAUCCCGAUAUUCUCUUUGUGCGGAUUUGUUCUACUCCUAUCAUCAUGCAAUGUAACUGAAGACUCCCCCAGAAAACCCUGCCCGCGGGAGAACUCAAACCAAAAUCAAUUAAGGACGUUGGACGACAGUGGGGGCGACAAACCAUUCUCAGCAUUUUUAGUCAUACUGGUCAUGUCCGGACCGAAACUCCUAGCAGGACGUCAAGUUUUACGCGACACGUGGCUGACAUUACGAACAAAUGACAUGAUCGUAAAGUUUGUAAUUGGCACUGCCAACUUGCCAACGGAGCAUCUGGAAGCCUUAGAGAGAGAACAGAAAGAGUAUAAUGAUCUCCUAUUCUUGCCAGACCUUGAAGACAGUUUCCUCGCUUUAACUCAAAAGUUGAUUGAUAUGUUUGUGUGGCUGGAUCACAAUGUAAGUUAUAAAUUUGUGCUGAAAGUGGACGAUGAUUCCUUUGUUAGACUUGAUGCUUUAGCGAAGGAGCUGCCGCAAAAGAGCCAAGAGAAACUCUUCUGGGGGUUCUUUGAUGGACGUGCCCGGGUACACAAGACUGGGAAGUAUGCAGAGGCAGACUGGGUACUGUGCGACCGCUACCUUCCCUACGCUAAAGGCGGUGGCUACAUCCUCUCCGCAGAUCUAGUGCACUUCGUCAGCUUGAACGCCAAGUACCUCAAGAAAUACAACGGCGAGGACGUAUCGCUCGGAUCUUGGCUGGCGGCAGUGGAAGUUAAUCGUCAACACGACACACGCUUUGACACCGAAUAUCUGUCGAGGGGCUGUUCAAACACCUACCUAAUCACGCAUAAACAGACACCAGAGGAUAUGAGACAGAAAUGGAAGCAUUAUAAAGAAACAGGGCGUCUGUGCUCUCAGGAACAUCAGACGAGACCUUCUUAUAUUUAUGAUUGGCAAAAGCCACCAACAGAAUGUUGCAUAAGAAAAAAUGGUAUACCAUGAUAAAUUUUCAAGGAUCUUAACAAAUUCUACAUCUAGUUUGACUUCUUCCAAAAUUUGGUGCUACCAGUAUAUCACUUUUUAUUCUUCUCUUUUUGUGCAGUUUAUACAUUGUACAUUAAGCAUUUACUGAUCCUAUGCAUGCCAUAACUUAGUCCAAAUUAAUAAUAAUUUCUCAAUGUAACCUACAAAUUCCAAGGAUUUGUUUUUUUAAUGAUUAAAUUACUUUUCCUAUUCAUCGUCAGUGCCAGUGGACCAACAAUGUUGGUUACCAUCACUUUAUGAAUAGUUCAACAGUCACUAUGUGUUUGCCCAUUUUGGACAUCCUAGAGCCUAAACAGGAUUUAAAACUAAUUCAUUUAAUGUUGAAUCUAUACUCUGAUGCAAUUUGUAGUAUUACAGGCCAGGGGUAAAUUUGUAAAUGUGCAUUUAUGUGUAGCUUUGCUGCUUUUUCUGUUAUUAACAUUGGGCUUUCUUGCUAUUUUAAAAUUGUUUCUAUCUUCUUAAAAUAUGAUAUCAGAUGGGUAAAGAAAUAUAAUCAAAAAUUUGUCUCUUUAUGUUGUUGUAUUAAUAUUAAUAAUAAUAAUAAUAAUAAUAAUACGUCUUGUUUACC